GUAGUAGUAGUAGUUAAAGAUGCUGUGGUGAUAGUUUCGGCUACUGUUAAAGGUGUAAAGCAGGACUUAAAAAACAGUUUGAUUUUAUGAAUUCUGCAGUUGAUGACAGAUCAUGCGGUUCAAUGUUGUUAACAGACCAUGAGGUUGCCCGAUGAGUCCUUACUAAGUGUCGUCACUGUCCAAACCUUCAGAGUUCUGGCCUUCUGGGUCAAAGAAGUCACCGUUAGUCCAUCAUCGUCGUCGCUGCACUUUGUCUCUCCUCAUAAUGGUGACAGCAUUUUGAAUAACAGCACACGUGAGGCCUAUUAAAGCAAUUUUUCCCUUGCUUCUACCUUCCCCUUCACCAUCGCAGAAAUAAAAGAAAAUUACCAAAAGUGACAACACAAGCGAGAACAUUGCCACCGCCACAGCCACCGCCGAUUUCAGCAGAACGUCCACCACCAACAACAUUAACGAAAAAGACAAGGAAAACGAGGCAUGCAAAUCCUGUCGAAGAAGUUUCGAUUUUGUGAAAGCGAUCAGAGACAUUCUCCAUGGACGGAAAUUAUUCUUUGAUACGUAGUUUCACACUUAAUAACAUUUCUGAUAUGAUAGCUAUCUUUGACCAGCUGCAACCAAAAGAAAGAGAACUUUUACGACGACUCAGUAAAAACAAAGACCUAUCAGAUUUCCUCAGAGAGACAAGGACUUUAUAUUUCUUCCCGGAAUACCGCCUUCACAAGAUUUUAUUGCUUUAUGUAUCUCCGUUAUUACUCGUUCUCGGAACAUUUGGUAAUAUCUUCUCUGUCUUUGUAAUGAGACAAAGAUCGAUAAUAAGAAUGACAGCUUACGUGUAUCUAAUCAACCUAGCUAUUGCUGAUUCAGUUGUACUCUAUAUUGGCUUGCUUAGACUUUGGAUAAGCGAACUAACUGGAAUGGAUAUACGAAAUCAAACGUCCUGGCUUUGCAAGCUUGUUGUUUUCUGUGGUUACGUCUCCAGUGAUUUCUCCGUCUGGUUAAUUAUUGCUGUAACCAUUGAACGUUAUAUUGUUGUCUGUCACCCUCGCAAAGUAAACAACUUUUGCACUGUACAGAGAGCGAAAUGGGUUGUCUGUGGCUUGUUGCUCUUGUUCGUUGCAAUCAACAUUCACUUCUUUUGGACUAUCUCACUAAACGAAAGAAAUGUCGACAAUAAAAUCAGCUAUUACUGUAGUAGUCGAAAAGAUUUUGAUUACUUAGUGACGGUGUUGUGGCCGUGGGUCGAUGCGUUCCUUUACUGUUUUGUCCCGUUUGGCACCAUCUUGUCGCUUAACACAUUGAUCAUCCGUCGGAUUGUGACUCUCAGCCGUGGAACAAUAAAGAUGCAAAUUGCACAAAGUAAUUUGUUACAAGUCCGGCGUUGUCAUACCGACAGUAACCGGAAACUAACUCUAAUGCUGCUUACUCUCUCCUUCAUGUUACUGUUGACAACACUUCCGCUGGCAGUCAGCUUAAUUCUAGCUCAUUUCUGGAACUUCAGCAUGUCACGAGAUUUGGCUUGGGCGGCGAAAUACCAGCUGACCAAGACGAUAGCUGAAUUAAUGAUGUAUCUCAACCAUUCCAUGAAUUUUAUAUUGUAUUGCACAAUGGGACGUAAAUUUCGUCAACAAGUUGUGCGGAUGUUCUGUAAUAAAAACAACAUGACAAAAGGUUUAUCAGAUCAUACACAUCACAUAUACUGCUCCAGAAACUGUUCUCCACAGAUAAACACUUCACAGCAAUGUCCCGACACAGAAAUAUAAUGCCCGACAGAGAGUUAGUUGUGAAUCUCAUCAAACUCUUCUGAUACAUUGUGUAUGCAUAUUUCUGUAUGCGUAUAUAAGCCAUCACAUAUCCAAGAAAUCAAAA